CCAUCGUUACGGUCGUCCGUCAUUAUUAUAAUAUCACACUCGUGUUAAAACUUAAUAAUACUUUUUAUACCGGCAAUAAGUUAAAAGAUGUGUGCUGUUUUUUUUCACGUCGUUUGAUUUGUUAUUAAAUUAUAUAAUAAUCGCAUUUUUUUUUUACCCACUUUAAUAUUGUCUGUUAUUUUUACCGUCCGUUAUCGAUGAGCACGAUGCUGAUCAAUCAAUGUCGUACGUUGAUGCGCCGACCGUUGCCUGUCAAUUGUUACGCUGUCGCUAGGUGUUCGACAAAAGCUCCAAUAAAAGAUGGAGAAUUCAGAGUGUUGGACUUGAAAAGAAAAGCUAUUAAACAUCAGGAAAAAAAGAAAUAUAUAAAAACCAUAACAAUGCCUCCUAGAGAGACGAGCAUGCCAAUUGAUCAAGAUUGGUCGAGUGUGUGGCCGGGACCAAAGACUUUUCAUCCGGCUUCCGUUCCCCUAGCACUGCGGCAAGGUUACGAUCAAAAAAGAGCUUCACCUGGCAAAUAUGGCAACGCCGAAUUAAUGAAAAUCCCAAAUUUUCUGCAUCUCACACCUCCCGCCGUUAAAAAACACUGUGCCGCUAUAAAGAAAUUUUGUACUGAAUGGCCGAAAGGUUUGGAAACCGACAGUGAUUGCGAUACGCAUUUUCCCGUGUCAGUAACGACCACGGACUAUUGUCAUUCGUCGCCAACUAUUAAAGAUCCAAAAGCUCGGAUCGUCACAAUCAAAGUCAGUCUGAGUUCUUUAAAUUUAGAUGAACACGCUAGAGAUAAAAUGUUGAGGUUGGUCGGAGAACGGUACGACGAAGAGUCAGACACAAUUACCAUCGUUACCGAUCGAUGUCCCACGAGACAUCAAAACUAUGAUUACUCGAUUUACGUUCUAACCGCGUUGUAUCACGAAUCCAAUACUUUUGAAGAAUGGGAAAAGUUAAAACAAGAAGCCGAUAUGGAACACUAUAUUUGGGAGAAUAACCCAUCAAAAAAAGCAUACGUUUCGUUUGUACAAUAUCCAAAAGAAGUGACCGAAGAAGACGUGAAAUCCUAUUCUAUCGAUAACGACUCUGUAGGACAAACAUACAAACAGGUCGUGUCGGACUUGCUAAACAACGGUGAAGACGAGUAUACUUUAAGCAAGUACAGAGAAGCUGCAUAUGCCGUUUUAAUACCGCAAGUUUCUCAAGCUUCGAUUUAAAAUGAUAAAAUACACGGUAUAUUAACUAAGCAAAUAUUUGUACAAUAACAUAAUAUAAUAAGUUUUAUUUAGAAUCAUCUAA